AUGACUGCAGACAUUGUAGAGGACAGCGAGGACAGUGGCACACUUGUCCGUGAGGUGACGAAGACAGGGGUUGAGGUGUGGUGGCGGGAGCUUUGUGUACGUCGAUCAGCUGUUCGCUAUCGGCGGCGGGCGGUGCGCGGGCUGCGGUGCGCGCCGUCGUCGAAGAUAAGAGCUAUCAGCACGUGCGCCGGCGUCACCGCCUCCGCCGUUAUCUUGACAACAUCUCCCGACCUACGCUACCGACUACUGACCGCGAGCACCGCCACACGCGCCCUAUUUGCAACACUCGAUAACAGACGCAAUCAGAGUCCGGUGCCGCUCUCCUUCAAGGAUGUCCAGAUGAGAACACCGAGUCCUAUAAACAUGUCUAACGCACAUUUUUUUUCAUGUUCCAAGUAUCCGCUUAACUCGUGUUGCGUGAAAAACUUGUUGUUGUUGCAAAGCGACGGAGGCGAGGGACGCCCCGCGGCGCGCGAGCGCUACGUCAACAAACAUAAAUAA